AUGGCGCCUCUACUAUCAACGCUGCUUCUCUUGGGGGCCGCCGCCUCUCCGGCACGGGCAUCGAUUGCGGCUUGGUGGACCGAGGUCGGGCCCCAAAUCAUUCUGCAGAAUACGACCACGAACCAGAUCCGCUACAGCGCUUGCAACAGCCGUGGCCAGGCCAAGUACUCGUACACUGACGCUAGUGUAUUCUCACUCAAGUACAAACCCAAGGUCGGCACCCCGGUGACAGGGGUAGGAUGGUACAACAAGAAGGAGACCGAGGCCUCGAUCUGGUAUAUCACUGAACAAAACACGGUUGCUAACGGCCUCUUCAUCUGCAAUGACAACACCGGCCGGUUUGAGCCGCAGGAAGAAGGAAACUGGGUCAUCAGCCCUGAUACGGCUACAAUCCACUCUAACACGGGGCUCGCUUCCGUUGUUCUUGGCCAGGAUACCGGCUAUCGCGUAUACUACCACGACAGCGACGGCGCCAUCAAUGAACUUCACUACACACGCGAUACCGGCUGGGAACACCGGGGUAUCAUUUCCCAGGACAUAAAUUCCCUACCUGGGCUGGGCGUAGCCUUUAGUGGCAAGGGGAAUAUCACCGUUGCCGCACCUCGCGAUGACCAGAACAUCGCCGUGACUCGGUGGAAUAGUGAUGAGACCUGGUUCCGAACAACCCUGCCGCGCCCGUUGGAUGGCGGCUUCGUGAACGGCGAGACCAUCAGAGCCGAUAUCGCUCUGAAUGAGACGGCCGAGACAAACUUUACACUCCAGGCAUGGGACGGCAAGACCAAAAACAUUGGAGUCAGCAUCGACAACGCCUAUACACGUUCCUUAUGGUACAUCGGAAAUGAUCGCAAUCUGUAUACCGUGGCCAACCAGAACUAUACCUGGAACAAACGAGCCAGCCAAUCCAAUGCUUACUGGCCGCAGGCCGACGAGCCGAACGCCGAGCUCGCCGUUGCCUACGAAUUCAAGUCCAGUAUGGUGCGGCUCUACUACACGGUGAACGGACAGAUCAGCGAGAUCACGUACGAGGACAAGACUUGGAAGGCCUGGUCCGCCCUCGAAGCUCCCCCGCCCCCUCAGGCCACACAGUCCACGACACCGUCCGCCACAAACACAGCAGUUGCAUCGGAUACUGGGCUCUCCACCGGCGCAAAGGCGGGCAUCGGGGUUGGCGUCUCGCUUGGCGUCAUCGCCCUCGGCGCCAUCAUUGCCGUUGUCGUUCUUGCGCGGAAAAGGAAGCAGCAGGCUUUGCUGCAGCACCCAGAGGAUGCUGAUGAGGGUUCUACUACCAUCGGCGGCGACACACCCGCGCCGUCCUACGGCUCACCGGCCCUUGCCCGUGCUUCCGCCGCGCAAUAUGAGCAGUAUGGAUGGGACCAGAAGGAGGCGCCGACCCACCCAUAA